UGAUUGUGUUUCUCAUCUCAUGAAAAACAUUUCAGGCAUAUAAAACGAGGCGAGGUGGGUGAGGCUAUUCAAAGAGACACCAGCCGCUGAGGGAAAGACGCCAGGAGUCUUUUACUGCUAACUUCUUUGAGAUCAGAAAAAUCACCUGUUUCAGCACCACGGUCAGCGCUCCAAGAGGGGCCACACGCUCAUCCACAACAACCUGAGCACAUGUUUAAGGAGAUGUUACAUAGGAGUGCCUCUCAGCUGCUGUUCCUCGUAGUGAUCUGCAGUGUCUUUUACACGCGGACUCUCAGUUUGCCGCUCGCCACCACACGAGCCACUCGACACGCAGACGGUCUGUUUACCAGCGGCUACAGCAAACUGCUGGGCCAACUGUCAGCCAGACGCUACCUGGAGUCUCUGAUUGGCAAACGUGUCAGUGAUGAUCUGGUGGAAGGACAGAUGCCAGUGAAGCGUCACUCUGAUGCGAUUUUCACAGAUAACUACAGCCGUUUCCGCAAGCAAAUGGCUGUGAAAAAGUAUCUGAACUCUGUCUUAACAGGAAAGCGGAGCCUAGAAGAUCCUGCCAGUGAGCAGGAGGAUUCCACUGGAGGGGAAACCUCCUACCGGGAGAGCUAUGAUGACAUAACUGUAGAUGAGCUUCUCAAUCAUAUACCACUGCCACUCUGAAGACCACUUGAUAAGAAAACAUGAUUAUCAGUGACUGUAAUAGACAUUCCAUAUACAGAGUCUAGUAAAGGGUAGCAGCAUUUAAUUUUGAAACAAUGUUUCUCGACAUUAAAAUACGUAAAAUUAAACGUUUACAUUGUAUAUAAUAAGUACACUUUAAGAGAUGGUGACCUGGAAGGUGUAUGUGUAAUGAGUUUUGGCCCAGAAACAGACAUGUUCCUUCUACAUUCUCUGUAAGUAGUAGAUCAAUUAAUAAAUGCAUUGAAAUAAGUCAUGGACUGGCAUAGUACAAUCAGAGAACAAGCAUUUGGACCCGAAGACCACAAGCGGAGCAUCAACUAGAUCCCAGCAGUAUUGUAUUAGGUUGAAGAAAUGAGCGAUUAUGUAAUAUGGUCUGAUCUCAAUGAAUUUUGUAAAUCAGAAUAAUUUUAUAAGAAUCUAUUGCUGUUGCUUCUCUGUUGGUUCUCAAGAAAAGGGAAUUUAAAGGGCUGGGAGGGAUUUGGGGUA